AACUUCCGUUCUCUAUUCAAUUUGCACUUCAAGCAUAAAGCCACAACAAACCACCUCUCUCUACAAGAUGCAGAUUCUCUACCACUAACACACUCUCUCUCUCUUAUCACAAUCCGAAAUGAAAACAAUAGACAUCUUCUGUGCUUCUCAAGCUUCAACAGCCAUAAGCAUGAGCAUGGACCAACCUUCCUCCUCCACCGCCGCUGCAGUUGGCGGCCGAGCCAUCGACCGCCACAAUCCAAUAAUCAGAGACCAAAAAAGAGCGCCUAGAGGUCUCCCUUUAGCUCCUUGUACAUCUCAAUCACCACCGAUCAAUCCCCAGCCUUACCAUCUCCUUCACAAGAGUACUAAAAAAGACGCUGCAGCCAAAGGCAAAACGACAAAUACUGAUCUAAGCAAGAAGAGUGUCAGUCACAGAAAAACAAGCCAGAAAAAGGACAAGAACGUUACAAAGCUAGCAGUUGGUGAUGAUGGUAAUAGUAAUAGUAACGGCGGUAAAGAUAAAGAAGUUGUAGCGGUAACAAAGAGCUGGGUUAAUCGCAGUGAUUUUAUCACUCCUCCUACAUCUUCUCGAUAUCUUUUAAGCGAUAAAGAAUUGUUUGAUGGGUUAUCGGAUUAUGAUCCUGUUUUAGCAUCAUCAGUUCAUCAACAAGAAUCAAACAGUUCAAAAUCAGUUUCAACUUCUAAUAAUAUUAAUGACUCCACUGAGAAAGAGAAGCCUUCCUCCAACCAGGUUGUGGUUUUGAGAGUGUCACUACACUGCAGAGGGUGUGAAGGAAAAGUGAGGAAACAUCUGUCUAGAAUGGAAGGUGUGAGGUCGUACAGCAUUGAUUUCGCAGCAAAGAAGGUGACAAUUGUUGGAGAUGUGACGCCAUUGUCUGUCCUGGCCAGUGUUUCGAAGGUGAAAAAUGCACAAUUUUGGACAGGCGCUGCUCCUCUCAAGUAACUCACAACUCAACAAAUAAUCAUUUAUUUUAUGUCAUCAGAAUAGUUAAUUAGGUUUCAGUUUAGAUGUUUAAUUAAAAAUUAGUGUAAAUGCAGACUUUUCUUUUUUUUUAUUUAUUAAUUUUAUUAUUAUAAUUAGCACGAGUAGCUGGAACAGAAUCAUUGCUUAUAAUUAGACGCUGGUAAGUAAAUAAAAAACAGUAGAGACCUUAUUUGGCUG